AGGAUAUAGAUCCAAUGUUUUUUUCUUUUUGUCUCUGUCUCUGUUUUCAAACCGAAACACUCAUCAUGAAAAGAGUUAAAGACUCGGUGUGGAUGUGUUUGGUUUCGUGAGAUUUAAAACUUGAUCCUCUGUUUUAAGAAGAAGAAGAAGGAAAAAAGAGGAGUAACCUUUUGGAGUUUUCUUGUCACUCACUUUUGUGUGUGUUUGUGUUCGUAACGUAAUUCUCAAUCAUAAGUAAAAAAAAUGGAGUGUUCUGUGUUUCAUCAUGUAGUGAUUGUGUUGAUGUUCCUCUGGCUUCUCUCUUACUUUAACCGUUCACACGCCCUUUUCUAUUUCCUCGCUCUCAUCUACCUCUACCUGGUUCAUGAACGGUAUGUGAUGAGAUUGAGGAAGAAGUUUCAGUUUGAAGAGAGGAAGCAAGCUAACCAGAAACGGGUUCUGUCUGAUUCUGAGUCGGUGAGGUGGUUGAAUCAUGCUGUGGAGAAGAUAUGGCCUAUUUGUAUGGAACAGAUUGCUUCUCAGAAGAUUCUGCGUCCCAUCAUACCUUGGUUCUUGGAUAAGUAUAGACCUUGGACUGCGAAAGAAGCUUUGAUACAGCAUCUCUAUUUGGGAAGAAACCCACCUUUGUUGACUGAUAUAAGAGUGCUUCGUCAAUCUACUGGUGAUGAUCACUUGGUAUUGGAACUUGGAAUGAACUUCCUCACAGCAGAUGAUAUGAGCGCAAUACUUGCUGUGAAGUUAAGAAAAAGACUUGGGUUUGGAAUGUGGACAAAGUUGCAUCUAACAGGAAUGCAUGUAGAAGGCAAGGUGUUGAUUGGGGUGAAGUUCCUUCGUCGAUGGCCGUUUCUGGGGCGGUUACGCGUCUGUUUUGCAGAGCCGCCUUAUUUCCAAAUGAAUGUAAAACCAAUCUUUACUCAUGGAGUUGAUGUAGCUGUGGUUCCUGGGAUUGCAGGAUGGCUAGACAAACUCUUGUCUAUUGCAUUUGAGCAGACUCUUGUUGAGCCAAAUAUGCUUGUAGUUGAUAUGGAGAAGUUUGUUAGUCCACAAUCAGGAGAGAAUUGGUUCUUCGUUGAUGAGAAAGAACCAGUUGCACACGCUCUUGUUGAAGUCGUUGAAGCAUCUGAUGUUAAACCAUCAGAUCUAAAUGGUUUAUCUGAUCCAUAUGUGAAAGGACAGCUCGGCGCAUACCGAUUCAAAACCAAGAUACUAAAGAAAACGCUCUCACCCAAAUGGCAAGAAGAGUUCAAGAUACCAAUCUUGACAUGGGACUCUCCAAACAUACUCAACAUUGAAGUCCAAGACAAAGACAGGUUCAGCGACGACAGCCUCGGUGACUGUCAAGUAAACAUUGCAGAGUUUAGAGGCGGGGAAAGAAACGAUAUGUGGUUACCUCUCCAGAACAUCAAGAUGGGGAGACUUCACCUCGCUAUUACAGUAACUGAAGAGGGAGCAGCAAAGGUAGAUGACCCGUUUGAAGGAGCAACAAUAAGUAAAGAAGACAUGUGGGCUUCUUUUGCUUUUGAUGAUGCAAAUAAAAGUUCCUUCUCUUCAGUGGUGUCUGAUAAGUCUCCGAAGGUUAGAGAUAAUCUUGAACCAAUCAACAUUGAAGGACAAGAAGAGACAGGGAUCUGGGUGCAUCAACCAGGAACUGAAGUCUCACAGAUAUGGGAGCCGAGAAAAGGCAAGACUCGUCGAUGCGUCGAUAACAAUAUACUUGGAGUUGUGACUCAUGAGAGUACUACUACUGGUAGUAAUGAAAGCAGCAGCCCUGAUGAAAACCAGGAAGGGAAGAACACGGUGAAGUCUGUUGGGAGAGGAUUGAAGAAAGUCUUUCAUAGGAAUGGGAAGAAGGAAGAAGAGUCAGGGAACUUGGAGGAGGAUGUCAGGUCUCCUAGGGUCAACUUGAAGGCGUUAAACCGAAAGGAUGUUGGGGUUAAGUACAUUGUUGAAGACCGUUUAUCAGGGCCACUUACGGGAAGAAGUCCAAAGGGUGAGAGCUUUGGUUCUGAAGAUGCUCAGAACAAGGGACACAUGAAGGAUGUUGCAAAGAGUAUUCUGAAACACGCUGAGAAGUCUGCAAGACAUAUAAAGCAUGCGUUUUCGCGUAAAGGGUCAAGAAAAUCAAGAGAUGAUGAGUGCUCAACCGUUCCUGAGAAUGAGUCUCUGUCCGGUUCUGAAUGUCAAUGUGAAUAUUCUGAUGAUGAUACUGCAGUUAGCAGUGUGCAGGGGACACCAAGAACAGCAAAACCUGAAGGUAAAGUUGUGAGGGCAGGAGAAGAUGAUCAUGUAAACUCUAGAGAAGCAAAGGUUAUACAGAAAGUAAACCCAGCGAUCUUGGAAACCACACAUAUGGAUGCCAGGGAUGCUUCUGCUGGAGCUGAGAAAGUCUCCACGCCAAAAAAUGUCUCAUGAUAGAAAGCAAAAAUAUAUAGGUAAUAAAAGGCUUGUUAAGUUUGAGUAGUUUUUAAGUUUACCACAAAGGAAUAUUGUACAGCUUUUGAGUUUUGAAUCUAUGUGUUGGUUUACAGAUUUUGAGUGUGUGUCUUGCUUUAACCACUUGUUCUCCCACUAGAAGAAUAGAGUGAGAAUAGCUACUGCUAAUCUAAUCACUGGCUUUGAAACUGUUCUCGAACUAUUUUCAAGCAAUUGCUCUGUUUCACAUCUUGAUAGAAAGAAGUUUCACUAUUAAUCGUGGUUCUGAUUAGAGUGAGUUUUAUGUCAUCUUAUGCAUGUUGAAAGCAAAGUGAUACUACCAAGCAACAAGCCAUAUUUUAAGUUUGUCACCUGAUAAUUUGAAAAAAGUUUUAACUUAAUAAUAUGACAGAGAAUUGUCU